AGAAAAUUGAGGGGAACCCAAAGGCGAGGAUUGCAGACUACUUUGAUGUGAUAGCAGGAACCAGCACCGGCGGGCUUGUGACGGCAAUGCUGACCACGCCCGGAGAUAAUGGCCUCCCGCUAUUUGCCGCAGCUGAUAUUCCCCCCUUUUACAUGAAAGAGUGUCCUAACAUCUUCAAAAAAGAAUCCAAAACCAAAACUGCCAGCACCCAAAGCCUGGUCACUUCCUUGCUCACCACAAACGUUUCUGAUGUUACUGCUGCUACUGUGGAAAACCCCAACUUUGAGUUGCCCCAGUUCUCAGAAGAAGAUAUCCCCGACUUUUACAAGCAACGCCUCCCUCAUUCAGCGCCGCGGCCCGCUUCAGAUGCCCAUAGCGAAUGCCAAUACGUUGUUUGGAUUUCCAGAUAUUUGGGGUUGGUUCAAGAAACUAGGGUCUAGUGUGUGGUAUGUCAUUGAGUUCAUUGAGAAAAUGGGUUUUCGUCCAAUGUAUGAUGGUGCUUACUUGCAUGCCAAGAUCAAAGAAAUGGUUAAAGACAUUAAGCUUAACCAAACCCUCACUAAACGUUGUCAUCCCAACUUAUGACGUUCAUCGCUUGAAACCUGUCAUCUUCUCCUCUUUUCAGGCAAGGAAGGAGGCGUCAAAGAACCCAAAACUCGUAGAUGUUUGCAUUGCCACGUCAGCAGCACCAAUUUACUUGCCUCCUCAUAGCUUUGAGUUGCAAUCGUCUCAAGGGAUUGAGAAGUUCAACCUUGUCGAUGGCGGAGUUGCCGCCAAUAAUCCGGUGCUAGUGGCUAUACUGGAAGCAGCAAAGGCUUAUAAUGUCCGGCCGUUGCCUGAAAAUUUCAGGAUCCUGUCAUUGGGGACGGGAUCAUGCACAGGCACUCAAAUGGCUGAAGUGGGCGAUGCCAAUAGUUGGGGCGCCGUCAGGUGGUUGUUGUUUCCGGACAACACUCCUCGUAUCACCGACGUUUUCAUGGGUGGCAAUGAGAGCAUGGUGGACGCUUACACCUCUCUGCUGUUUGGCGGCGGAACCGCUUCCGCCGGCCCCGAAAACUUCCUUAGAAUCCAAUACCAAGGGAUGAAGUACGAUGAAUGUCUGGUCGAUGACUCUAGCAAAGCCUAUCUACAAAAGUUGGAACAGUUUGCUAAUGAUCUGCUCAAGGAUCCUGUUUCUGGUCCGACCACUUCCAACCCUCUUGAGCUCACAAAUGAAGAGGCUCUCAUUUCGUAAGCAUCAAGUUCUCAUUUAAUUUAGUGACAACAUUUUUUAUUUCACGUUGUCUAACGGAUGACUUUAACCUUUCCAUCCCGUUUGGUGAGCAUGUUUUUUGGCUUAUCAGGUUUAUUAGCUAACUUUUUCACCAAACACGUAACUUUUGAUUUCACACGCUGAAUUGUGUCAUGAUAAAAAAAGUAAGAUUGAAUUUACUUUCCUGGCUGUAUUGGCUGAAGUUAC